UUGAGCUCUUUAGGAAGUAAGCGGAGCUUUUAUCUGGUUGGGAAAGGAUGGCUGGAAGGGAGUCUGAGAGGAAAAUCCUGCCUGGAAAGCACAAAUCACUCCAAGAGUUGCUGCAGCAAAUCCCUGCCCCAGCAGCUCUGCCUGGCGUGGUUGGUAUGGAGCAGCGUGGCUGACCUUCCUAAAACUCAUUGAAUUUGGGGAUUUUUGGUGUUCAGAUUCUUACUGUUAGCGCCGAGCUUAGAGCUGCAUAAUCCGAGUUUAAAAUCGCACCGUCGCAGAGUGGUUAAGGCUGAAGAGCUUCAUCGUUCCCAGCCCGGUUCAGAGGUCUGGCUGUUUCCACGGAUGGGUCUGCAGCCGCAGAAUUCCCUGUUUGUGACAGGAAAUCUCCUGUUCGGGAGCCCGCAAAGCAAAUGGUUAUGAGCCUUCGAGUUUCGGAGCUGCAGGUGCUGCUGGGCUACGCGGGGAGGAACAAGCACGGCCGCAAACACGAACUGCUGACCAAAGCCCUGCACUUGCUCAAGGCCGGCUGCAGUCCCGCCGUCCAGAUGAAAAUCAAAGAACUCUAUAGGAGAAGGUUCCCCCAGAAAAUCAUGACCCCGGCAGACCUGUCCAUCCCCAGCGUGCACUCGAGCUCCAUGCCCGCCACGCUGUCACCAUCCACCAUUCCACAGCUCGGCUACGACGGCCACCCCGCCACGUCCCCCCUGCUCCCCGUGUCGCUCCUGGGACCCAAACACGAACUGGAACUGCCCCACCUCACCUCGGCCCUGCACCCCGUGCACCCCGACAUCAAACUGCAGAAACUCCCUUUUUACGACUUGUUGGACGAGCUGAUCAAGCCCACCAGCCUCGCCUCUGACAACAGCCAGAGAUUUCGGGAAACCUGCUUCGCCUUCGCGCUGACGCCGCAGCAAGUGCAGCAGAUCAGCAGCUCCAUGGAUAUUUCUGGGACCAAAUGUGACUUCACAGUACAGGUCCAGCUAAGGUUUUGUUUAUCAGAAACCAGUUGUCCACAAGAAGAUCACUUCCCACCCAAUCUGUGUGUGAAAGUGAACGGGAAACCAUGCAGCCUUCCAGGCUACCUGCCACCAACCAAAAACGGUGUGGAACCAAAGCGCCCCAGCCGACCAAUCAACAUUACCUCACUCGUCCGCUUGUCCACCACGGUCCCCAACACCAUCGUCGUGUCCUGGACCGCAGAGAUCGGCAGAAACUAUUCCAUGGCAGUGUACCUGGUGAAGCAGCUCUCCUCCACGGUGCUCCUGCAGCGGUUGCGGGCCAAGGGGAUCCGGAACCCGGAUCACUCCAGAGCGUUGAUUAAAGAGAAGCUAACUGCUGAUCCAGACAGUGAAAUAGCAACAACCAGCUUAAGAGUGUCUCUUCUUUGUCCACUUGGCAAGAUGCGCCUGACCAUCCCCUGCAGGGCCCUGACCUGCUCCCACCUGCAGUGCUUCGACGCCACUCUCUACAUCCAGAUGAACGAGAAGAAACCCACCUGGGUUUGCCCCGUGUGCGACAAGAAAGCUCCCUACGAGCACCUCAUCAUCGACGGGUUGUUCAUGGAGAUCCUGAAGUUUUGCACGGACUGUGACGAGAUCCAGUUUAAGGAGGACGGCUCCUGGGCUCCCAUGAGGUCCAAGAAGGAGGUGCAGGAGGUGACGGCCUCUUACAACGGGGUGGAUGGGUGCAUCAGCUCCUCCUUGGAGCACCAGGUGUCCUCUCACCAGCCAUCCAACAAGAACAAGAAGGUGGAGGUGAUCGACCUGACCAUCGACAGCUCCUCGGACGAGGAGGAGGAGGAGCCCUCGGCCAAGAGGAGCUGUCCCUCCAUAUCGCCGGCGUCGCCCAUGAGCAGCAAGGGCAUUUUAAAUUUACCCCACCAAGCUUCUCCUGUGUCAAGAACCCCAAGCCUUCCUGCUGUGGACACCAGCUACAUCAACACAUCACUUAUCCAAGACUACAGGCACCCAUUCCACAUGACACCCAUGCCUUACGACCUGCAAGGUUUGGAUUUCUUCCCUUUCCUGUCAGGUGACAAUCAGCAUUACAACACCUCCCUCCUCGCCGCCGCCGCCGCCGCCGUUUCCGCCUCGGACGAUCAGGAACUUUUACACUCCCGUUUUUUCCCUUACACCUCGUCCCAAAUGUUCCUGGAUCAGCUCAACGCCGGAGGGAGCAGCUCCCUGCCGGCCACCAACGGCAGCAGCAGCGGCAGCAACAGCAGCCUGGUUUCCUCCAACAGCCUGCGAGAGAAUCACGGGCACGCCGUGGCCAGCAGGAGCAGCACGGACACGGCCUCAAUCUUUGGUAUCAUACCGGAUAUUAUCUCCUUGGACUGAGUAUUUUUAUUUUUAUUAAAUUUUUUUUUUUUUUUUUUUUUUCUGUGAGGGUUUCGGGGGGUUUGUCAGGGAGGGACAGAGGAAUCGUGCUUUCGGUUUUUCCUUUUCUGUUCGCAGGGGAAAAAAAAAAAAAAAACAAUAAGAUGAGGUGGGUUUGGGUGUGUGGUUUGUUGGGUUGGUUUUUUUUUUUCCCUUUUUUUUUUUUUUUUUUUGGAAAGGGGGGAAAAAAAAUGUACGUGUACAGAGAACAAACAAACGAGAAAAAAAAAAAAGAAGUCUAUUUUGAGUUUUACUUUUGUAUAUAAACCUCAGAUGGCCUCGCUGGUAAAAAUAAGGAGAAAAAAAAAACACCAAAAAAAAAAAAAAUACAAAAGACAAAAAAAAAAAAAAAAAAGAAAAACAAGGAGCUUCAGUUCGUUUUUAUGGAUGCUGGAGAUUUUACACCCGUGCAUUUGUCAUGUGAGUUUCUUUUCUUUUCCUUUUUUUCCCCCCCUGUCGUUGGAACACCCAUGGCAGUAUUUUCUCCACAGCUAAAGAAACAGGAGAGGAGCUGAACUUCCAAAGCUCAAGCUUGGGGAGAGGGGAUUUUUCUCCUCUAGGAGAAAUUUCCCUUUGCUGGUGGAAUCCAAUUCCCGCAUUUUGUGCAGAUUUUCUAAUUCUGGCAGCAGAGCAGAUCCUGCAGCCCAGAACCUUUCAGGAGCGGGGUCGGAUUUUUGGGGAUUUUUAUUGGGCAUUUCUGGUUCCUUGUGCCCCUCCAUCCAGGCAAAUUCUCCUCUCCAUUGCCAUGCUUUAGUCAGGAAUGUUCCAGAUUCCUCCACGGAGCCGAGUGGGAGGUUUAGGUUGGAUUGCAGGGAGAAUUCUUCCUCCAGAGGCUGUGGGGAGUGCUGACAUUCCCAAGGCUGCCAGGGCUCCAGGAAUGUUUGGACAACGCUCCCAGGGACGCUCAGGGCGGGGGUUCGAGAUGCCCUGUGCAAGGACUUGGAUCCUCGUGGGUCCCUCCCAACUCAGAAUAUUCCACACUUGUGGGAUUCAGUCAUUCCUGAGGGCCUGACUCCGUCAGAUCCCAGCUGAAGAAUGUUUUGUGGCACAAAAUGUUCCAUUUUUUGUGUGGAGGAGCCCCAAAUCAAUGUUAAAUCAACAUCAAAUCCCAGCUGAGGAGUGACUUGUGGCACAAAAUGUUCCAUUUUUUGUGUAGAGGAGCCCCAAAUCAAUGUUAAAUCAACAUCAAAUCCCAGCUGAGGAGUGACUUGUGGCACAAAAUGUUCCAUUUUUUGUGUAGAGGAGCCCCAAAUCCCAGCUGAGGAAUGACUUUUGGGACAGAAUAUUCCAUUUUUUGUGGAUUGGAGCCCCAAAUCAACAUCAAAUCCCGGCUGAGGAAUGACUUGUGGCACAAAAUGUUCCAUUUUUUUGUGUAGAGGAGCCCCAAAUCCCUGCUGAGGAAUGACUUUUGGGACAGGAUAUUCCAUUUUUUGUGGAGAGGAGCCCCAAAUCAACAACAAAUCCCAGCUGAGGAAUGACUUUUGGGACAGGAUAUUCCAUUUUUUGGAAAUUGGAGCCCCAAAUCAACAUCAAAUCCACAUCAAAUCCCAGCUGAGCAAUGGUUUGUGGCACAAGUUGUUCCGUUUUUUGGGAAGUGGAGCCCCAAAUCAACAUCAAAUCCACGUCAAAUCCCAGCUGAGGAGUGUUUUGUGGCACAGGUUAUUCUCUUUUGGGGGGAAUGUUUUCUGGCACAGCUGUUCCCUUUUUAUGGGUGCAGCCCCAGACCAGAGCCUCGCUUGUGCUGGAGUUUUCUGUUCCCUCCAGCUCCAGUCCUGCUCCGAGCUUCCCAAACCCCUGAGCUGUGUCCGUGUCACCUCCUGGAGCUGCUCCGUGUUCUGGCUUGGCCUGAGAGAACCCCAGCCCCGCAUGGUCUGAGCAGCGCUGAGCGCUCACCCCGCCAAAAUCCCCGAAUUCCAAAAUCCCAGUAUUCCAGAAUCCCAAAAUUCCAAUAUUCCAAAAUCCCAAAGUUCCAAUAUUCCAAAAUCCCCAAAUUCCAGUAUUCCCUGUGCAGCCUGAACCCCAAACCCACCGGAAAAACCCAAAUUACUGCUCCCCAUCCAGCUCCUCUAGGGGUUAGCAGCUCAAAAUUCGCUUUUCCCUUGGAAUUCUCAGAUUUUUUAUUUUAUUUUUUGUUCAUCCGCGUUGAAUUCCCGGUUUCUUUUCUCGAAUUCCCGGUUUCUUUUCUCUUUUUUUUUUUUUUUUUUUUUUUUUUUUUUUAAGUUGUGCAUGACAUAGGAAAAAGAAAAUUUUUUGUUGUUGUUUUUGGGUCAUUUGAGCUGAUCCGUUCUUCUUAAGGAGUGGGAUGUGUAAAUAGCUGGAACGCAGAUUUUGUUGGGGUUUUUGUUUUGUUUUGUUUUGUUUUCGGGAGAUUCUUUAAAGUCGGAGAAAAGGGGGAGGGAAGGAAGUGAUUCUCUUGUGUCCCAAAGUCCAUGUCAGAGAGAGGAAAUGUUUCCUCUGGUGUAAAAAAUAUUUUUGUAACUGGUUGAAAGUGCAGGUAACGAGUUUAUCAGGAAAAGAAAAAAAAAAAAAAGAAAAAAAAAAAAGAGAGUUAAGGAAUACUAAAAUGAGCAGAUUCUUGUCUGAAUUUUUUUUUUUUUAAUGUCCAAAAAAAAAAACCCUAUUAAUUGCAAAUAGCUGCUUCAAGCAUUGACAAAGGGCCGCCUUUUGCCUAUGAAAUCGUCUCCAAAAAAACCCACAAAUAAAUAAAUCUUGCAUUGAUUAAAAAAACAAAAAAAAGGAAAAAAAAAAGGAAAAAAAAUUUAAAAAAAAAAGAAAAAAAAAAGAAAAAAACCCUUUAAUCCAAGUAGCAUUAGGUAUUGCUGUCUGAUCAGUCGUAUGGUUAUUCGAGAGGUUCACAUGACGUGGCAUCAAAAGAGGAAAAAAGAAAUAAUAAUAAUAAUUUUGUUUCUAGUGUUUUUACAGCAUCCCUCCGCCGCUGAAUAGUUGACUUGAAUUUUGGGGAAAAAAAAAAAAAGACAAAAAAAAAAGACAAAAAAAAAGGAAACUGUUGGUGUUUAUAUGUAUAUGUGUGUGUAUAUAUGUAUUUAUAGAUCCGUGUGUGUGAGUUCCAGGUGAGUUCCAUAGGGAAAUUUUUUUUUGUUUUGUUUCGGUUUUGUUUUUUUGGUUUUUUUGUUUUGUUUUUUUUUUCCUCUCUUCCCAUGCAUGUGUAUUUCAUACAUAUCUGGCUGAUAUAUUCUAUCUCACCGUACACCGAUUUUAUAAUUUAUUAAAUGUCAGUUCAAAAAAGGAAAAAAAAAAUUAAAAAAAAAAAAU